AGUUUUGACUUCGCUAAGACACCGAUUUAAUAAAUAAAUGAAUGCGUUAGCGGUAUACAAACAUUUAGUACCAAUAUACAUUUACGACAUCCAAAAUUGAAAUUCCAGACAAAUAUAACACGGCACAAAUUUUACAGGUCGCAUUUACAGAUAUUCACCGUCUCUUCGUUAUUUCUAACUUCCUGUACAAGGCGUCAUUCCAACAUCAAGCAUGGUCUUCCUAGAGAAUGAUUCGUUUCUUAGCGAACUCACCAGAUUUUUCCAAAGAUCAAAGACAUCGGGGUCAUUGAAUAUAACAAUGAAACGCUAUGAUGGUCGAACUAAACCUAAACCAAAAUCUAACCGAUCAGAACAAAGCAUAUCUCAUGAAACAGUAGAAUAUAAAUGUAUCCUCAGAGCAUCUUUAGGUAACAAGAAAAUUUCCACUAUAGUAAAUCAAAAGGAUGUAAAUAAAUUCCAGAUGGCAUAUAUCAAUGUUUUGAAAGGCAACAUGGAUGGUUUGAAGAAACGAGACAAAAAAUCAGCUAAAGGAAAAUCUAAAGCUACUCAAUAAAUUUUCACACAAUUCUAUUUUCUUCUACAAUUGUAUUUAUUUAUUUGCAUUUUUUAUUUUUAUUUUAUUUUUGGAUAUAAAUGACAUUUAUGGGAACUUCUGGAACAGCUUGUGUUUCCAAAUUUCUCACACCACUUCUUCCUACAUGUGCAGACUCCAUCUAGUAAGACCAUGGUUAUAUAUAGACAUGGUCUGACUGAGUUAUUAUUUUAAAUAACAUGUAUAGUUAAUAAAGAAAAUAGAUAGAAACUCUUGUUUAUAGAAAUAAAAUCAAAACUGGCUGCCUUCA